CUACAUUUACUGUUUUAAAUUUUAAAAAAUAAAUAUGACUUUUAUGACUUUUACAUAUUUUUACGUAUAUAUUUUAGAACAUAGAACAAAAAGUCCUAUUCAUAAAAAAUCUAUUUUUUACCUCGUUUGUGGUUAUGUCCUUCAAAUUCCUUCAAACACAAAAAGAAAGUUUAUAUCAUUCUUAACGAUAGGUUUACUACGAAAUCAUGGAAAAAAUCAACAAAAGAACUUAUCACAAUCAAUCGUCAAAAAAAAGAAUAAUAUUACUACUCUUUCUCAACCUAUUCCAAGUACAAGUACAAAUAUAUCAUAUAUUAAUGAAAAAUCGCAAAACUUUUCUGAUUAUAUAAUUUUUGAAGAAGAUAAUCGCUUUAUUAAUAACCUGAUACGAUACUUUUUUACAUUAGAUAGAGAAAAACAAAUUGUCAAUAAAACUCGUAUAAUUAAAAAUGUUUUUGACAAUCAAGGAAAACAUUUUUCUAGAAUAAUGAACAAAACAAAAGAUCUUUUGUCAAAGAUUUUUGGAUAUCAAUUGAUAGAACUUGAAGGUAAUAAAUAUAUGCUAGUAAACGAAAUAAAAAAUGAAUUACCACAUAUUUAUCCAUGUGCAACAGAAAGUAGCCAACAAGUAUUAUUAUUUAUAGUACUCACUCAUAUCUUCAUGCAAGAAGAAUCCUGUACUGAAGAAUCAUUAUGGGAUUUUCUUACUAAUUUAGAUAUUUCCUAUUUAGACAAUCAUUAUCAUCCUUACUUUGGUAAUGUUAAGUAUUUGAUAAAUGAGCUCUUUGUUGCACAAAAAUAUCUUGAUAAAACUAUACUGGAACAAAAUGAUUCAAUUAAAAUAGAAUUUAAAUGGGGUCCCCGUGCUGAAUAUGAAUUUUCUCGACGUGAAGCUUUAAAUUUUGUAUCAGAGAUAUACAAUAGGCGUCCAUUAAACAGUUGGCCAUUACAAUUUAAAAUUUUACUUGCUCGAGAAAAGUUAAACAAAUCUCAUUGAUAUGUAUAUAUACUAUUAUGAAUGUAAUAAACAAGAAUUUAAAAAUA